AUUUCCAAUGAAUUGUGUUCAAGUAGAACGUAUUCUAUGCACCUAUUUAUUGUUAUAAUGUAAUAUAUGAAGCAUUUCUCGUUUAUCUUUCUUUUAUGUUGUUAUGUCCGACAUAAUGAUGUCACAUUGGAAACUUUUUAGUAUUAUCGUAGUUUGUUUACAAAUAUCUGUGGUAUUGUCUUCAAAACAACACAAUGACCCAAUAGUAACGGUAAAAGAAGGCAAAGUAAAAGGUUCAUUGGGGUACCUGGUAGAUGGAUCCCCGUACUAUAGUUUCAAAGGAAUACCUUACGCAUCUCCGCCGGUGGGAAAUCUUAGAUUUAAGGCACCCUUGCCGCCUCGACCAUGGAAAGGUAUACGCGAUGCAAUAGAUUUUGGUCCUAUAUGCAAACAGUUUAAUAUAACAUACCAAGGCGAUGAAGAUUGUUUGUUUAUUAACGUUUAUACGAAAUCUUUAAACAAAGGGGCUAAGUUACCAGUUAUGGUAUUUAUCUACGGAGGCUCAUUCACCCAAGGCUCGGGAAACUUUUUUUUACCAGACUUUCUUUUGCAGCACGAUGUUAUAUUGGUAACGUUUAACUACAGAUUAGAAGUAUUGGGUUUUUUAUCGCUUGAAACGCCAGAUGUACCUGGAAAUGCAGCAAUGAAAGAUCAGGUAGCUGCUCUUCGUUGGGUUCAGAAUAACAUAGCUCAAUUCGGAGGUGAUUCAAAUAGCGUCACGUUAUUUGGCGAAAGUGCAGGUGCAUCGUGUGUCUCUUUGCACCUGUUGUCUCCAAUGUCAAGAGGAUUGUUUCAUAAGGCCAUAGCCCAAAGUGGAACAUACGACUUAGUUCAAGCGGUAGGUGCGAAAGAAAGAGCCUUUCGUGCUGGAAAAAUUCUUGGAAUUGAAACAAAUGAUGUUCUAGUUCUACUCGACUACUUCCGAAGUCUUAAUGCAAAUGCUCUUACUAAUUUAACUGCAGCAACAUUUACUCCCGAUGAAAUAUAUAGAGGAUUACCGGCAAAAUUUUUACCAGUCGUUGAAAAAACCUUUCCUAAAGUAGAAGCGUUUCUUAACGAGGUACCAGAAAAGCUUCUUCUUGAAGGUAAAGUGAAUAGAGUACCACUAAUGAUUGGAUAUAAUUCAGGAGAAGGAUUAGUGAUUGUUAAAUAUCAUGUUACUAGGUUAGAUGUUUAUAACAAGGAACCGUCGUUCUAUGUGCCUAGAGAAAUAGUUGAAAAAAUUACAAAAAAACAGUUGAUAGAUUUUGGCGACAGAAUCAAAAGGUUCUAUGUUGGAAAUAGAAAUAUAACUGAGAAUGAUUUAAAUACAAUAUGUGACAUGCAAACGGAUAUCAAUUUCGCGUAUAAUACUCAUAGAUUUGCACAUUUGUAUACGGAGUUGUGUGAAUCCACGUAUAUGUACAGAUUUAAUUUUGACACUGAUCUAAAUGUUCUGAAAAUUGCUUUAGGACUGACCAAUUUGAAAGGCGCUAGUCAUGGUGAUGAACUUUUCUACAUAUUUUAUAAUUACUUAAAUGAAAGAGCUUAUCAAAGUCAAGAGAAACUGAAAAACAUCGUGUAUAAAGUAACGAAAUUAUGGACAGAUUUCGCUAAAACUGGUCGUCCAACUUUGGAUAACCACCUUGGAGCUAUCUGGGAACCUUAUACAAUUGAAGGAAAAGAGUUCUUCAAUAUUGAAGAGCCCUUUUCAUUGGGACACUAUGCAGAUAAACAAAGGAUGCAAUUUUGGGAUGAACUUUACACUGAGGCUGGCCUUCUACAUAUAUCUGGAAAAUAAUUAAUACAUGUUUAUAUUGU